CUCUUUUGGAGAAGUACUUGCAUCUUGCACUCCACUGUUAUUAUGGGAAUCGUCAUAUUGCUAUCCUUUUCCGAGAUUACAACCAUUUAGAGUAAGACAAACGAUCGUCGCCGGUGUGUCUGCCAUCAAUAUAUAUCCUAGGACUUCGUCCGUAUCUGGCGAGCAACACACGCGUUGACACUGUCUCAAACAAGUUCGCUACCCCAAAAACACCCCGCCGUUCCAAAAGCGAUAAUCCUCUUCCAUGAUGGGCGACGAAAACCGGCCGGGUAUUAUCGGGAUCGACUUUGGUGGUAUAUCAUCUUCAGCAGUCUUUGCCAUCGACAAUGGCCAAAAUCCCAAUCUGAAAGUUCUUGACCAGUGGCCAAAGGCUACACCACGGUUUCUCAAGCAAGUUCUAGGAAAUGCCGAGAUCGAGUCCAUCGUGUACCGUGACCAAAGAUUCAAGGUAGUUGGUUGGUCCGAGGACGAAAAUGAAGUGAUCACGCCAGAAGGCGGGAUAAAGCCAGGCUUAUAUGUUUUCAGAGACUUCAAAUCGGAGCUCUUUCCGCCGGAAGACUAUCCUGAAGAACUCAAAGCAGCCAUUAAAGUGCCUGGAACGACUGCAGAGGAUAUUUCCGUGGACUAUCUAAGCCACCUUCGACGGAGCGUACUGCACCAGGUCCAAGGUCAACUCGAAAGGUCGGGGACGGCACAAGGCAACCUUCAGAUCGUAAUGACAACACCAAGCUUCUGGAACGACGAGGCGAAGGCAAGCUUCCGCGAAAUUGCCACAAACGCUGGCUUCGCAGCGAAACCGGACGAAAAGUUUGAUUUGAUCUCUGGCCUUGAAGCUGCCAUACGCCAUGCCCAGUUCAUGCAGCCCGCUGCAUUUUCGGUGGGUGAAACAUUCCUCGUUGUGGAUUGCGGUGGACAUUUUGUUGAAGCAGCCGUCUUUGAAGUCAAAGCAAAGAAUCCAGUCAGAUUUGAAAAACGAACCAAAGUUUCGGCAUCUUCAUGCGGAUCCGCCGAGGUAACUCGCCGCUUCCUAAACCUUAUGAAUGACAAACUCGCCAGAACGGGCAUUUCGCCCUUGAAAAUACGGACAAAACGCGGAAUGCGCCAUCGGUGCAGAAAACAGUUCGAGAAAGAGGUGCUUCUCGGCUUGGGUAGUGUGACUUUCCAACCCCCUUCCGAAGACCUCAGCGGCUUUUGGGUGGCGGAUCUAGGGGUGGAGAUUGAGUGUCCCGAGGCAGACCUGACUGAAGGGUAUAUGAGCUUCGGCGAAGACGAGGUAUAUUCUUGUUUCGAUUUCGCUAUCGAGAGGACACUCGAGUUGGUAAAGGAGCAGAUUGCCGCUGUUCAGGUACAGGGUCUACAGCUGCAAGGUUGCCUUCUGGUCGGAGGAUUCAAUAAAUGCGUUUAUUACUCUGACAGAGUUCAAACCGGUAUCGCGGCCCUUGGCCUUAAGAUGAUUCGAUCUGAUCAUGAUCCUCUGGCUUUCGCAAAGGGCUCCGCUCUGGCUGGCCUCAACGAUAGUUUUGGACACAUUUGAGCGGCGCGCGACUAGAUGGGUACUCCCCACACCACCCCUCAUUCGAUUCGCUAUAUUGAAUCUGCCGAAUCUCACCAUGGUGGCGAGUUUGAUGAUUUCAACCAUGCUCAGAUCGAUGGGAAGUUCGAGAGCGCAUAGUCGGCGAGUUGCAUCAAGAACCGUCAUAUUCGACGGGGUAUCUGUAAAUGCCUGCCUAUGGAGGCAAGUUCCAAAUAAAGUCUAAGUCUAAACAAUCGGAAUCAACACCCAGAUCCAUGGGUCCCCCAUCCCAUGUACCAAACGGCGCCAUCAGCGGGUCCAACGGAAGCGACAACCAGUCGCCGAGAUCCAGUUGACCUUCGCCGGACCAGUCUAUCAUAUUUGAAUCCCACGCAGUCUCGUUACUCGGAAUCUGUCCAUGCUCUUGAAUGUUGUGUGACUCGUCCUGAUUCGAAGAAUUGCUCUGGAACUCUGUAGACACAGAGCUGGCGAAUGUCUGCCGCAGACGAGAAACGUGCGUUUUCAGCAACUCAGCAUACUGCGCCACAAAGUGAAUAUCAUCAAGCGGGUUCGAGAGUAAAGCAGCGACAGCCGUGUCCAACAGGCGCA